CAUCAUGUAGCUGCAGCACAGCCUUCCCUAACGUUGCAACUGGGGGAAAAAUCACUUUCCAGUCUGUUUUGCAAGGUGUGCAUUUCCAUCUUGAUUCCCUGAAAGUCCAUCUGCUGCAUCGGUCAAGAGAAACUCCACUUGCAUGAAGAUUGCACGCCUGCAGCUUGCAUCUUUGUUGCAAAACUAGCUACAGAAGAGAAGCAAGGCAAAGUCUUUUGUGCUCCCCUCCCCCAUCAAAGGAAAGGGGAAAAUGUCUCAGUCGAAAGGCAGGAAGCGAAACCCUGGCCUUAAAAUUCCGAAAGAAGCAUUUGAACAGCCUCAGACCAGUUCCACGCCACCUCGAGACUUAGACUCCAAAGCUUGCAUUUCUAUUGGAAAUCAGAACUUUGAGGUGAAGGCGGAUGACCUGGAGCCAAUAAUGGAACUGGGACGAGGUGCGUACGGGGUCGUGGAGAAGAUGCGACACGUGCCGAGCGGGCAGAUCAUGGCGGUAAAGCGGAUCCGGGCCACAGUAAAUAGCCAGGAGCAGAAAAGGCUACUGAUGGAUUUGGAUAUUUCCAUGAGGACAGUGGACUGUCCGUUUACCGUCACCUUUUAUGGCGCACUCUUCCGGGAGGGUGAUGUUUGGAUCUGCAUGGAGCUCAUGGAUACGUCACUAGAUAAAUUCUACAAGCAAGUGAUUGACAAAGGCCAAACAAUUCCAGAGGACAUCUUAGGGAAAAUAGCAGUUUCUAUUGUAAAAGCGUUAGAACAUUUACACAGUAAGCUCUCUGUCAUUCAUCGAGACGUCAAGCCUUCCAACGUGCUGAUCAACACUCUGGGCCAAGUCAAGAUGUGCGAUUUUGGAAUCAGUGGCUACCUUGUAGACUCUGUCGCUAAAACUAUUGAUGCAGGAUGCAAACCGUACAUGGCCCCCGAAAGAAUAAACCCAGAGCUCAAUCAGAAGGGAUAUAGUGUGAAGUCUGACAUUUGGAGUCUGGGAAUCACAAUGAUUGAGUUGGCGAUCCUUCGGUUUCCCUAUGACUCUUGGGGGACUCCCUUCCAACAGCUCAAACAGGUGGUAGAGGAGCCCUCCCCACAACUCCCAGGAGACAAGUUCACUGAAGAGUUUGUUGACUUUACCUCACAGUGCUUGAAGAAGAAUUCCAAAGAACGGCCAACAUAUCCAGAACUUAUGCAACAUCCGUUUUUCACCCUACACGAAUCCAAAGCAACAGAUGUGGCAUCUUUUGUAAAGUCAAUUCUUGGAGACUAACUACCGUGGACUCAAUUGGUUGGCCCUCCUGUGGAUUGGUGGGUUUACAGGGUGAAGCAAGUUCAUGAAAGCGCCAAUAGAAACUCAUCUUUUUUGAGAUAAUUUAAUCCUUCCUCUCAGAAGGUUUUUUUCCUCCCCAUUUUCUUUUCUUUAUUUUUUUUCCCCUCCAAAGGGGGCCUUGGAAUCCAUAGUAUAGAAUGAACUGUCUAGAUGGAUGAAAUAUGGCAAAGGCUUAGGACUUAAAAAGGUGAUUAAAUAUUUAAUGAUGUGUCAUAUGAGUCCUUAAGCUUCUCAGACUUCUCUUGUUCUUCACGAAAUGAAUGCAUUGGCCCUGGUCAAAAGGUGCUACAGUAGUGAUGAAAUUGUAAGUAGAUCUGUAGUCUGUCCCACUUAUUAUUUUAAUAUUUAUGUUUAAGAGCUUGGUUGAAGAGAUUCCAUUUUAUGCAAGGAGGGAAAUACAAGACACAUGGUUGGGUUGGCAAUAUUUAUAGGGCUUUUAUUUUUAAGUUCAAUCGUGUCUGUGGUCCAGAGGAAAUUAUUUAAUAUGCAUCUUUAAGAGUAUUAUAACAAUAUCAACGAGGAGCUCUUUUUUUGUAAAAUACCUGUUCCAGCUGUUGGAGCUUCUUGCUGUGUCCUUAGAUUUCUGCUCAACUCCUGGGUAAUAACCACGUAUUUCAGGUGAAGUGGUGAGGCAUCCCGGUCAUAACUUUGCCCCAACUUUGGGAAACAUAAAAUCACGUGUGUCACAUCUCGGAGUCCCGAGUGGGGUUCUCUUGACCUUUGUGGUAUUAAUGGAAUGUGAUUCGUGAUGUGGUUUUAUAUCACCUGUCUACCCUUCUACAUGUGUGCCUGUGUGUAUUCAGUAAGUCCCAAGCUCUGCCAAGUGGCUUCUGUGGACAUCUCUGCUUGGUGAGGAAGAUAUAUGUCAAUCCUGAGAGGAGAUGCCAUGUCAAACCUCACUGAGAAUUGGUGCCUUCUGCUUCUCUCCCUCAUGACAAUGUAUAAGCCCCAAGGUUUGCCUUUGUGUGAAGAUGUGCGUUUGCUUUCUUUUCUCUCCCUUGUUCAAUAAAGAAGCCUUACUAUUAACGGGAGGGCUGCAAUACAAGAAAAUAAACGUUCUUUGAUAAGAUA